AUGACGAAUGAUGUGCAACGUGAAGAAACAGGAACAUCUAUAAAAAUAGAUAUGAAAGAAAAUGACAAGUUAAAUCUAUUAAAGGAAAAAUGUCCAAGUACAUGUCUAGAUUUAUUGUUAACCCCCGAAAACAGAAAUGUGCGUUCACUAGAGGAAAAUAAUUAUAUAAGAUAUAUUCCAAGAAGUGUAUGGUUAGAUGACACUACAAAGAAGAUUAAUAAAUUACAUCUUCAGGAAACCACUAUAUGGAAUGAACCUUUAAAAAAAAUAUUUGAUAAAUUUAAGGAUAUAUCAAAUUUAAUUAAGUUCUAUACUCAUUUAGAUCUCUGUGUUUAUACAUGUGAUAACCCCGAUAAUGCUAGCAGAGAAAGCAAUGAAAACAAUACUUCAAAACAUACGUGUAAAGUAAAACUAAUAAAUGAAAUCGCUGAUUGUAUUGGACAAAUUUGUAAUUGUUAUGACAUAAAAUAUGAUAAGUGUUCAGAUUAUUUGUUAUAUUGGUUGUACGGUGUAAUAGAAGAAAGUAAUUUCACGCUUUUUCAGAUUCAUGAUGUAUUCAACGAAAUGGGCAUAUUGAAAGAGAAUACUAAAUGUUUCAAUGAUAAUAAUAAAAAAUGUAUAAAUAAACUUGACAAAGUAUUCAAUACCCGGGUGUUGAGAAACAAAAAAUUGUUACACGAUUUUACAGAAUAUUACGAAGACAUAAAAAAUAUAAUGAAUAAGGAAGAACAGACGAAUAAGGAAAUAUAUUGCAAGUUCGUAAAACUUUACUUUGAAUUAUACAAAAGAAUGAAAGACGAAAGUCUUUUAGACUUAACCAAAUACUACCAGGAAGAAAUAAAGAACUUUCAAGAAAAAUUUAAUAAUGAUUCUUUAUCAUUCUUAGAAGGAAUGUGUCCUCAGAAUGGAAUAAAAUCAUUAUUCGAAGCAGAAAAUGUAACUACAGGUCUAUUAAAGCAAUUGCCUAAAGAAGUUAUCGAACCAAUAAUGGAACCUUUGGAAAAUGAAAAGGAGAUUAAAGUAAAUAGCAAAAUUUUUUUUAAAUAA